AUGGCUCUGAUAGAGAAGCCAAAAUCACCAUUGUUGCAGUCAAGUCUCGAUAAUAUUUCAAUUUCGCAAAGACCUUUACUGUCUUUUUCCUCAGAAACCAGUAAAAAUGUGGAUUCCAACCUAAUAUACACUACAUCCGGUAGUAGGAGAAGUUUAAGGAAAAUUAAGAAACCAAACUUUUUUAAAAUAACACAUGACCAUAGACCUGAUCCAGAACUUCAAGCAGCGUUGAAGAGAAGUAAAUUAGACACCUCCAAUCAAGACAUUGACUAUUCUUCCAUCACCCCCGUCCCAGUUGUGUAUGCCACGAAGGAGGAAUUUUCAAAUCCCAUCAAACUCUGGAAUAAAUAUAGCAGUUUAGGAGAGGAAUUUGGAGCCAUUAAGGUGAUCCCACCCGAGGACUACACCACCAGACUGCCCAUCGACCUUGAGAACUUUCGCUUCAAAGUUCGCCAACAACGUAUACAACUGCUUUCUAACGGAACGGGGUUUUCUCAUCCUUCUGACCUGUGGAACUGCGAUAAGAUGAUAAAGUAUGACAAUUUUCUCAAGAAACAGAUUAUGGGCUCUGACGAUCCCUCACUCGAGUCAGUGGAGAAGGAAUACUGGACGAUGGUUAGAAACGCUGAUCCAAGAGUGACAUCUUUCUACGGAGCCGACCUGAAUGUCUUUUCUCACAAGACUAAUACGAGAGAUAAUUUAUUAAUUAAGUGUGCGACGAAUGAUCCCUGGAAUCUUUGUAAUUUGCCCAACUGUGAUGGGUCACUGCUUAAGUAUAUCAACAACGUCGUGCCGGGCGUUAACAGCCCCUGGCUGUAUAUAGGCAUGAUUUUCACCUCAUUUUGCUGGCACACAGAAGAUAAUUACUUCGGUUCCGUAAAUUUCCAUCACAGUGGUGCCCCGAAGGUAUGGUACCUCGUGCCUCCCAAAAAGGCAUCAAAAAUGGAGUCAGUUUUAAAAAACUACUCGUCACUCGAGGGAGAAGAAUUUGCUUUAUAUGGGUUGAGGGUUCAAAUCCCGCCAGAUGUUCUUAUCUCCAAUGGAAUCACACUUUACAGACUAGUUCAACAGGUUAACGAGUUUGUAAUGGUUUGGCCCAGAACUUUUCAUUGCGGAUUUAAUGCAGGGUUUAACUGUAAUGAAGCAUGUAAUAUAGCACCAGGAAACUGGAUUAAGAUGGGAUAUAAGUCACUAGUAAACUACAAAUAUGCUAGGAAGACCUGUAUACCUUUCUUUAGAAUCAUUCUUUCAUCAAUUCCCAAUGUAAUGGAACUUGAUGCAACGCAUAUAAAGAGUAUAGUUGAGUGUUUGAGUUUGUUAAUAUCUGAAGAGUUCCAGCUGAGGUCGAGACUAAAUUAUCCAAAGUAUCAGAUGUUUUUCGACCGUGAAGUUGUUAGAAAUCUGAAAGAUUUAACUAAUUAUCUUUCGCACAUUGAUCGAUCAGAUUUUGACCUGGAGUUGUUCAUAGAAUCAAUGCAUAACUCCGAUACGACAAAUAACUACCAGUUCCUUGUAUCCUGUAAAGAGAUGGCAAGCUUUUGUAUCAAAGAUUGUGAUUUGUGUGACACUCCCACCUUUGGAAGUUCCGUUUUGUGUAACCACAUUAACACUGUGGUUUGUAUCUCCUGUUUAAACUAUCACGAAUGUGACUGCAAAACAAGGGUUGUUCUUUACAGAUACCCACUAUACACGCUGUACAAUAUAAUAUUAAUACUGAAAAAAGUUUACUACUCUAUGACCAACGAGAACUUGAAGGUAGACUCUGAGUAUGACAUACCUAAGGAAGACUUGCUGAUUAAGCUAGACUCGAGCUCUUCCUUUGCCUUCAAGGACUUCAAAAGAACCAAUCACUCUGAGGCUCCUGCCCACGAGAAUCUCAAGUACAAAUGUAACAAGAUCGGCCUCAUCAGGCAGAACUUUGAAGAUAUAACGCAAAUUUGUAGGAAGCUUACAAAUUCCAGGCUAAAGGGGAGGAAGAAGAAGCUGGAUAAAAUUGUGAUUAAUGAUGACUUUAUCAAACAUUCCGAAGUAUCAGGUUCGUCCGAAGCCCUUGCCUACGUAACCAAGUUGAGCCUGAAAUACACUAUUCUGGCCCUAGAGGAAGAUACAAGGGAAAGCCAAGCUUAAAAAUGAAAAAUUAUAUAUAAAUUGAGGGAAUUCAUUUACCGAAUACAAAUUAAAGAGGAAAUUAAUUAAAAUAUUAGAAUGGAUUUCCGAACGGAAAUGUGGAAGCUAAAUUAAUAUUUAAUGGAUGUA